ACAGUGAUUCUCACUAUUUUGGGUAGUUUAGGGUUGUCGGGGAGGGGUGGGGGUAACAGCGGCUUACCAGUGCAUCAAAAGGGACAUGUUCAUCCAGACGAAGAGAAUAAGAAAUUGAGUGUGCGAGGUGUAACGAUAGCAUUAUGGUAUUUCAUUUCACGAGGACAUCAAGCUCAGGCGUUGAUGCCGUUUUGUUUCAAGACAUAUCCGAACAAAUCCGAUAACUGGAAUGAGCUGAUGGCUUUAUUUCGUUUGAAUCUUAUCGAGUUCACACCUGGUAUCGCAUUUUACCACAAUACUUAG